UUUUGUGUUACCAACUACAUUCAAUCAUAGAAAAACAUCCUCCAUUAUUGCAAAGUUGAUUUUAUAAGUGUGCAGUACGUAUUUUACGUCUUAUAUCGCAGGUCAAAAACAAUAGUUACAUAGUCAAUCAAAACUGCAUUCCGUUUAAUUUUUGCAUUAAAAUGUCGCGUAGUGAAAGUCGCAUUUACGUUGGAAAUUUACCACCAGAUAUUCGUACGAAAGAUAUCCAAGAUCUAUUUCACAAAUUCGGUAAAGUGUCAUUUGUCGACUUGAAAAAUAGGCGUGGCCCCCCAUUUGCAUUUGUUGAGUUCGAGGAUGCCCGCGAUGCUGAGGACGCAGUCAAGGCCCGUGAUGGCUAUGAUUAUGAUGGUUAUAGGUUACGUGUAGAGUUUCCUCGCGGUGGAGGUCCAGGUAGUUUUCGAGGUAAUCGAAAUGAUCGCAGCCGCAAUGGUGGCGGUCGUGGUGGCGGCGGUGGUGGUGGUGGCGGCGGACGUGGUCCACCCACCAAACGCUCACAAUACCGUGUUUUGGUUACCGGACUACCAUCUUCGGGCUCAUGGCAAGAUUUGAAGGAUCACAUGCGAGAAGCUGGUGAUGUGUGCUUUGCAGACUCAUAUAAAGAUGGUACAGGUGUUGUUGAAUUUUUACGUCAUGAAGACAUGAGAUAUGCCAUUAAGAAAUUGGACGACUCGCGUUUUAGAUCCCAUGAGGGUGAGGUUUCUUACAUACGUGUUCGUGAAGACGCUGGGGAUGGUGAACGUGGCGGUCGCGAAUUUCGCGAUAGAUCACGCUCGUAUUCACCACGUCCACGCCGCCGAGGCACUCCUACAUAUUCACCACUGCGGCGCUCAUAUUCCAGGUCAAGAUCUCGUUCACGUUCAAACUUUUAAAUUAAAAACUAAUUUUUGAAAUCAUACAAACCCAACACGACAAAAUAAAAUGCAAUGAAGUAUCUGAUCGGCAAUUCAAUGGAUAUAUUAUUGCAAUCAUGAUUUCAUUCAUUCUGUGUGUGAAGUUGUAUAACCUUUUCAAUAACUUACUUUCAACUGGAUUUUCCUAAAGAUCACAGUACGAUCAAGUCAUCUAUUGUUUUUAAUUUUUAUUUCAUUCGAAAAAGUUAAAAAAAUUAGUUCUUUUAAAUUAACAUUUUUAAGACAUGUACUUUCAAUAAUACUCGAAGAAAAUACGUAUUAUGAUUUCAUUUUUUAAAAAGUUGUCCAAACAAAAAAAAAAAAAAUUACAUAAGUUAAAUUUCAUGCACACAAUACUAAAAAAUAUACUUCAACGCUUUGGUUAGAAAUCUCUAAACAAAAUAAAAUAUGGCAUUUGAAUUACAUUACAAUAUAAUAACAAUAAUAUAUAUUUCUUUUUUCCGCUCUAUUCACGUUUAAUGGAAUGGAUGGAAUGGAAUGAUGGAUUAUUGGGAGUAACUAUAAUAAGGAUUUGGAUAAAAGGAUAUUAAGGAUUUGGACUGUUUUAUGAGGACGGUUGUCAUUCAAGGCGAGGGUUCUGAAAUUUUGGAAAUUGAAGGAAAAAUCAAGGAUGUGAUGUGAUUAUGAUUACUACGAGUACAGCAGACUCGGAGAGGUUUUCGCGCAUUUUGCUUCCCCACCUAACGCACAACAAUCGCGGGAUUUCUUUCCUUCUUUCAAGUUAAUUUAUCAUGAAUGUUAGAAGCUGCUGCUAUAUUCCUUUGUUCUCUACUCUGGAAAGUGGGAAACCACUUUGUGUAGCAGCUUUCUCCGUUACGAAUUUU